UUGAACGCCUCUGCAACCGCUUCAGUCUUCGUCUCACUCGCAUCACUAUAAUGUCGGUCUUCUACGAGCCAUACUACGACUUUGACCGCCUUAUCGACGACGUCUUCACCCCGCGCACAGCGCGCAACGGCGGCGCUCUGCAAAGCGAUGCUACACCCGAAGGGGCCGUCCGUGGUCUAAAGCCAAGACAAAGAGAAAAACCUCGUUACAGCAACAUUCGAGUUUCCAGGCUCGAAAAAGGAGGACGUUCACCUCGAGAUUCAUAAUGGCCGCUUAGUCGUGUCGGUUGAGAACAAAAUCUCGGAAGAGCAUGAUGAGGGUGGGUAUGCGAUUCGUGAGCGGAGGUUUGGCAAGUUUUCGAGGACGUUGCAGCUUCCACAGGGGGUGAAGCAUCACUACAAUGUCAGUCUUCUACUACGAGCCAUACUACGACUUUGACCGCCUCCUCGAUGACGUCUUCACCCCGCGCACAGCGCGCAACGGCGGCGUCCACAACCUGAAGCGCGCUCUGCAAGGCGACGCUACACCCGAAGGCGCCGUCCGUGGUUUAAAGCCAAGAAUGGAUCUGCACGAAGACAAAGAGAAAAACCUCGUUACAGCCACAUUCGAGUUCCCAGGCUCGAAAAAGGAGGACGUCCACCUCGAAAUCCAUAAUGGCCGCUUAGUCGUGUCGGUUGAGAACAAAAUCUCGGAAGAGCAUGAUGAGGGUGGAUAUGCGAUUCGUGAGCGGAGGUUUGGCAAGUUUUCGAGGACGUUGCAGCUUCCGCAGGGGGUGAAGGAUGAUGAGAUCAAGGCUAAUAUGGAGGACGGCAUUUUGACUGUGACGUUCCCCAAGUCAGGUGCUGAGCUCGCUCCGAAGAAGAUCGCUAUCUCUUAAAUCGUCAAUCUCAUAAAUCGCCGGGUGUAUUUUUUUUUGCGAGGAGUCCUCCGAGCUUGUAUAUGUUUUUGCUUCUUCUGGAAUAUCGGAAAUUUGUAUUAUACUUGCAUGGAUAUGUAACACACUGAAGUCUUGAAAUGAUAAACUGUUCCAUUCAUCG